AACAGAAAUUAUCAAUGCCAUCAUCCUUAUCAUCACCAUCAUCUAGUUCUACAUCCAUACCCAUAGAUAUGGACCUAUUUGACAAUGAGGAUAAUUUAACAUCUGUUUCUUCACCAACACUUAGUUUGUCAGAAUCAGAAAAAAGAUUUUGUUAUUCAGAGAGACAACCGGUAUUACAGCCAAGGAUUGAUAGCACUUUUAAACAAAUAAAAUCAUUUGAAGAGAGAGGUACAAAAGCAGGAGAAAUCACCAAUGCCAUCCUUUUCAUGAUUGCCAAAGACAAUAUGUCUUUUCAAACAGUAGACAAUGAAGGAUUCAGGAAUCUAAUGAAAAUUACUGUGCCUCUUUAUUCUGGACGAAAAUCGAUCACAAAGAAAUGGAAGAAAAAUAUGAGUACUUAGCAGCAUGUGAGAAACAGAAAUUAGAUAACAUUGAUUACUUUUCGGUAACAGCGGAUAUUUGGACUAACAUACUCAACACCACCAGUUAUUUAGGAAUGACUGUUCAUUAUGAAUUUGACGGAGAAUUGAAAUCCAUUACGAUUGGUGUUACGAAAUUGAAGGAGCGACACACCUCUAAAGUUAUAGGAAAAUGGAUAAAAAUAAUUUUACAAAAUUGGCAUAUUGAUGAUCAAAAAAUAGUUGUUGUUGUAACUGAUAACGGAGCAAAUAUUAAAAAAGCAGUUAAAGAUAUCUUUAGGGAUGUCAGACAUAUUGCGUGUUUUGCUCAUUCCAUAAACUUAGUCGCUGAAGAUACAAUGAAUUUUCCAGACGCAAUCUCGUUGUGUGCAAAAAUUAAAAGAAUUGUCACUUAUUUCAAACAAUCUACUAUUGCUGCUGAUGCACUGCGGAAGCUCACUCAACUUAAGUUAAUACAAAGCAUUACCACAAGAUGGAAUUCAACCUUUGCGAUGUUAUAUGUAAUGAUUUAUUCUACUUUCGAAAGAGAUCGGAUCGGUUUUGUUAACUAUCCCGGAUUCACCUGAAAUGUUAACUGCGUCUGAACUGCAAUUGGCGAACGAAAUUAUGGAAGUAUUACAACCACUUGAAAAAGUGACAAAGGAACUUUGUGGUGAACGAUACGUCACGGCUAGCAAAAUCAUUCCACUAAUCAAUUGUUUGAAGAAUAAAAACCAAAUACUUUGUGAAAAUUUGAAAACGUAAACGGCACUUUCUUUAGUUGAUCGUCUCCAAAACUCUAUUUCAAUCAGGUUGGGACAAAUAGAAAACAAUUUUAUUAUGACAGCUUCGACGAUUUUGGAUCCUAGGUUUAAGCAAUUACACUUUAACCAGCCUUUAGCAUGUUCACGAGCAAUCAACCGUAUUGCUAAAUGGAUGAAAGAAUUGGAUCAGACGAAUGUGUCUAAUAAUGUAGUUCCUAAAACAAAAAUAGAAGUAUCCGAUAAAACUAAUGAUCUAUGGUCUUUCCACGAUGAUCUUGUUAAAGUUAGGACUACAAAUGUUUCUCAACAGCACGAAGACGAGAUGCCAACUGACUUGAAGCACUAUUUGGAUCAACCAAUGAUAGAUCGUAAAGAAAAUCCUAUUCGUUAUUGGUUAAAGCUCACUUCAGUAUACCCAACUCUCAGCAUUAUUGCCAGAAAAUAUUUGGCAAUUGUUGGAACGUCAGUGCCUUCAGAAAGACUAUUUUCAAGAGCUGGCAAUAUUUUAACAGACUCCAGGAAUCGACUUUCGCCCAAUUAUCUAAAAAAAUUGUUAUUUCUGAAUUCACUGUCUAUCAAAGAUUGGCAAUUAUAAAAACAUGUAAUUUUCUAUUAUAAACAAAGCAUAUAAAAGAAACAUAUGUAAAAACGAUGUGAAAACAAUCUAUAUCUUUUAAUAAACAUUUUUUAUUUCUUCAAAAA